AUGGAAACCCAGGCAGAUGAAGCAACGACAGAGCCAACCGGCCAGAAUAGUCCCGUUUUGAACGAGGAUAACUUUACAAACGUGUUCGAAAUCAGACAAGAAAAUAAACCACACAGCGAUCAAGGCAGUUUAAGCGAAGUCACAGAGUGUCGUCGAAGCACUAGAGAGACUAAACCAAAAAGGUAAAGAAUACAUUUUAGAUUUGAAGAGAAAUAUAUUCAAACAAACAAAGUGUUGUCUAGUUGAUAAAUUAUCGUCGCUUAAAACAGAAGUAAGCACUCUAGAAAGAUCGAGUAUUACAUACGAAAUUGAACAACUAGAGACUUUAUUCAAAGAAUUUAAUCAGGGUUUGGACGAAUUACUAAAACUGCUUGAACCCAAACAGCGUGAAAGCUAUAUUACAUAGUGUCAAAGCGUUUUGAACGACUGGAACGAUGUGAAAGGUUCGUUAGUUCUAAAUAUGCAAAAAUAUGAAAUUGACAACAUCCGGUCUAACCACCAGGUGUCAUUACCGGAAGACAGAAAAUCAACCAUUUCCUCUGUUCGUACUUCCUCUUAUAUACAAGAGAAAAAGCUGCAAGCACGCACGAAAGUAGCCGCACUCUGAAGUAAAAUUGUAGUAGAAGAGGAGAUUAUUGAACAAAAAAAUUUGCUAGCCAAACAUGAAGCCCACUUAGAGAAAUUGAAAAUGAAGCAACAAUUAGCCGAAGCGGAAGCAGAAGUGAGGUUUAUGAAGAAGCCGAAAACGACCAAGAUCAAAUUCCUGCCCUCCCUAAAAAUAAAUUACCAUCUCCAACCAUGAGUAAUAACAACCUGAAUAAUAAAGUAACUCAUGAUAAUGUAACGCCAGCACCCCUCCCAGUUUUGCAAAAUGUGUCAGCACCUGAUAAAUCCAUGAACUACAAUGCACCACCUUUUACCCCUCCACCAAAUAGCAUAUGUUCAGCCCCAGUCCAACAACAGAUUUUGGUGCCUGGUAACGAACAGAUACCUCACACCCCCACCUCAGUGCCUGAAAAUAGGCACCUGUAUGAUAGUAACAAAGUUAUUUUAGAAGCACUGUCCCUCCAGAGAUUGCCUAAACUUACACCAAAGGUAUUUGAAGGUGACGAAAUGGAAUUUCUGCGUUGGGAAUCAUCCUUUGACGCCCUAGUGGCUUCAAACACCAAUGACUCCAAGACCAUGUUGCAUUAUCUAUGCAAGUUUCUGAAAGGAGAACCACUGAAGAUGGUAGAACAUUAUCAGGACUUACACCACGACGCUGAUACUGCUUAUUGUCAAGCUUGA